GCGUUUGUCAACUAGCACAAAGCUUUUAUUCACCGUAAUCUUCCAAAUUUAUACACUGACUGAAUUACAAACUAGUGGACACACACAUACAUACGUACGUACAUUCACACACGCAUAAACACGCACGAUAUAUAUAUAUAUAUAUAUAUAUAUAUAUAAGAGCACAGACACACUCAGUCAGAGUCAAACAUUCAGUCACACUCAGUCACACACAUACACACACGCACAUAUAUGCACAUAUAUACAGUUAUAUUCUUAAAGAUACAACUAUAACAGCCACCCCAAGCAACAAUGAACAACUGCAAAACUUAUUUAAUUUUCACGGCACUUGGAAUUCUUGUCAUCCAGACAGUUGCUGCCCUCACCUGCUACUAUUGCUCCAAUCGAGUGGAGAAGGCCUGUGGCGGCAACUUUCAAUCAUAUUUAUUCAAAAGUUCAACGUGCGAUUCCACAUAUUCAAAAUGCGCUCUGCAGAAAAACCCACCCCUGAAAGAUGGAUGGAUCGGUUACAUCCGGGGAUGUUACAAACAAGGUGCGCUGCAGGGCAUCGACGACAGCAACGGUUGCCGAUACUGGACAUCGCCCCUCAAUAACAUGACGGCACUCUACUGUUUCUGUGACACAGAUUAUUGUAAUAGUUCUCCAUCUGGCUAUUUUCUCUAGGAU